AUGACACUUUCGUCCAGCAAGAAUGGACGACUUCUCUUGACCACAACGAGAUUUCUACUUGUUUCCUCUUGGAUUCUCGGUGGCUCACUGUUUGCUUGGGGCAACGCUGCUCUCUUCAAGGACGCUUCAACUUCUACUGGUAGCAAUGGAUCGAUUCCAUUUGUACGACAUGGCGGUCAGAGUGAUCUUAACGACGUCUCCUCGACGGCAGGAAUCUUUUGGGAGAAUUUGAGUUGCAGCACAGCUAAUGAAGUUUCCAUUCUGAACCCAUCUUCUGGGUUUGUUGCAAACGGUCAAGUCUGCGGGAUUCUGGGCCCAUCCGGAAGUGGCAAGUCCACAUUUCUGUCCAUCAUGGCUGGUCGCCAAGAAGCGUCUCUUUCCGUCGGCGGAUUUGUUCAACAUCACAGGCAAAGCGAAUUCAAGGAUCCAAGGUCGGCAAGUCACUUUUCGUGCGGUCCAGUGCUCCCAGACACGGUAGCUUGGCUACAACAACAAGAUGCCUUUUUCGAGCAAUUGACGGUCCAGGAAACCUUGGAUUUGGCCGUCUUUUUGGAGUGGCCACUGCUCCCCAAGAGUCAACGAGAUGGCAUGGCUCAAGCCUGUUUGGAAGCCCUGGGUUUGACCAAGGUCAGGUCACGUAGAGUGGGCAAUCCAACAAAAGCAAGAGCUUCAAACGGGGCCACUCUCAGUGGUGGAGAGCUAAGACGACUUUCCGUGGCAUUGGAGCUUGUGACCCAACCACAGCUCUUCGUUUGCGAUGAGCCAACGACAGGGAUCGAUUCCAAAAUGUCAGAAACUGUCAUGGCAGCCAUUGCAUCAUUGGCCAAAAAACAAAACAUUCCCUGUUUCUGCACCCUCCAUCAGCCACGGUCGUCUAUAUGGCACAUGCUGGAUGUUCUCAUCCUCAUGGCACCGGGUGGACGCGUCUGCUAUGUGGGAUCGUGUCAUGACUCGGUGCCCUACUUUGCAUCCUUGGGAUACAAUUGCCCUAAUGAGACAAAUCCAGCCGAGUACUUUAUUGAUCUAGUCUCUGUGGAUACAGAGGAUCCUCUGCAGGCCAUCAUAGACAGAGAUCGCAUUGAUCGAUUGGCAUCGGCGUUUGAGCGAUACAAUCGCCCUUUGCCGAAGCAACUGAAGGCGCUUCGGCUGUCAUUACCCACUGAGAGCCGCCGCUCAUCGCCGUCAACUGGAGGACGUCGGUCCCCGGUCACGACAAUCCGCCGCUUUGGGGCCCUGCUUCGACGAUCUUGGCGACAAACGUACCGCAGUGUCAGCCUCAACCUGGGGCGUCUUGCCAUUUCCAGUGGUACGGCCAUUUUGCUGUCGCAGAUCUUUCCCUCGGUCGCCGCCGCCAAAGGCCUCCCGCCCACCAACAACAGUGUGACGGAUCGGAUCUGUGUCUUGACAUUUGGAGUCAUCAACAUGUUUUUGGUAUCCGUGGUGAAAACCAUUGAUAUCUUUUCCAAAGAAAAGCCAAUCGUGCAACGGGAGAGGAAUCGCAACGACUACACCAACUUGGAAUACAUUCUGUCCAAAGCCUUGUCGGAGUUUCCGUUGGACGCGGCCUUUACGGUUGUCUUUACCACCACUUUGAAACUUGUCACUGGCUUGGCGAUUGAAUGGAAACCCCUGUCGAUGAUCUUUAGCUUGAUGACAUGCUCGGGGGCAUCGCUGGGCUUUUUGUUGGGAGGAAUCACUCAAGGGGAACAAGCGGCAGUAACUUUGGCCAUGCCUAUUGUGAUUCUCUUCAUGUCGGUGGGAGUGAUCAAUCCCAGUGGUGUGGAUGAAAAUGAAAUUCACAACAAUCCACUAGUGCUGCAAUGGGUCAAGGCACUGAGUCCCAUUGCUGCGGCGAUCGAGGCAUCCAUGGUGGGCGAAUUUGCAGGUGUGAAGUUUGCCAAUUCCAUGUUUCGCCAAGUUCGAGACUUGCCACGCAUGGGAGGUCUCGCCUUGGUAAAGAAUGGAGAUGAGACACUGGCGGCGCUUGGGUUGAGUAGUGUCAACUUUGAUGCAGUGGUAUCGCACUUAAUCACCCUCAAUCUUGUCAACUUUGGAUUGUGCUGGCUGGGGCUGUCCGUGACAUCCAAUGCCCGCGUGGUGCAUUGGAUGCAGAAUGUCCGAAAGGGGCUUUUGUCGUCGCCAUCGAAAAAAGAGAGAAAGAAAGGGACGUCUCAGAGGAGGAACUCUGCUGGAGUCAAUCCACAUUCCCAGAGAGGAAGGAUACCGGUACCGCAGUGGGGAUUGCCUCGACCAUAA